AUGAGCACGCAUUUUAAGUGGAUGAUAAUUGUUCAGGUUCUGCUAAAUUCUAUCUGGGGUAUAGUGUUGGGUGAUGCUAGCAAGGACACUGACAAUCGAUUCCCAUUCACUUCCGUGGUGGAUUUGUUAUCACAAGAUGUCCAAUUUUCUACAUUUGUAAGAUCGUUGCAAAGAGGUGGCUACAUCCAGUAUUUGAAUGGGUUGCAGAAUUUCACACUGUUUGCACCUGUGAACUCGGCAUUUGCUACAGACGGUGAGAUAGGGGAAUUUGAUAUUGAGAACUACUUGAUCCACGACAAAGUUUUGGAGACUAAACAGGUGGUGAACAAGACGGUGGUCUUCCGUCACAACGUCAAAUAUCCAGUGGUAAUGGCACAGAACUCCAAUGGCGACUUCACAGUGAAUAACUUACCUGUCGUAGAAAGAGACUUGAUGCCAAAUAUGCAAAACGCUUCCAUCCAGGGAAUAUCGUUCUUAAUGCCAGAUGCGUAUACGCUCCCGGGAUUAGUCAAAACUGUACAAAGUCCAAAAUACACGUACGAUUGUAUUUCACAACUUCUCUCCGAGAUUGAAGACCUGGAUGAACUACUAAACAAUAAGACUGUGCUGGUACCCUCUGAUAGAGGGUUCAGACGAUACUUUAGCUCUGUGGAAAUUAAGUAUUUAUUGAAUUUCUACCACCAACUCAAUGAUAUGGAGGGGGCAAUACGCGAAAAAUGGGACAACGAUUUGAACACCUUGCUCCAAAAUUUAGUUUUAUCGGAGAUGAUCGGGGGGUCGAUUGACGGUAAGGAAGUGGUAAGUAACCUAAAUCACGAUGACCUCCCCUUUAGUAGUAACGACCAUGGUUCUCAAAUAGUCGUUAAUGGUACCGACUUGUCACUUCAUCAUUUAUCCAACUUGGUAUACGAUUUUGGUCUCGCUCACUUCUACGACACCGACUUGAGCCUGAUUAAAAAACAUCUGCAUUUCGACGCUGAGACAUACCUACAUGGUCUAAACUGCUCAAAUUUUGUGGAAGAGAUUUACUUCCGAAAAUUGCAGAGGCUUAUUCAAAACACAAAAAGCGAUGAGCCCAUUACCAUUUUUGUUCCGGAACCAUCCCUAGACGAUGAAGGUGGAUUUACCAAGCCUUCGCUUCUUUAUCAUUUCACAGAACAGCACGUAGAUCUGGAGAAGGAUUUCCCGAUCCUAAACAGAGAUGAACUUUUUACCAAUUUCUACGAUACGUCGUUUUGCUCUUCGAAUAAAAGACUAGGUGGCCAUUGUCAAAGAAUGAAAAUCACUAAGAGUAAGAACGGAUAUUCCAUUAAUAAUCAGUACAAAAUUAUUAGUUCCAAGCCGUACCACGUUGGUAACACUCUUAUCUAUACCAUUAAUAAGGAUCUUCAGCUACCGGGCGAUCUAGCACCAUCUUUGCAAGUUCUCGAUAGUUGUGCCCAAUCGAUACAUUUUAUGAGAAAUUUGAAUCUGUUGGACUUGAAACCAAACGGAGAAGGGUAUACAGUGUUUUUACCCUGUUUCGACUCAUGGAAUAAGUUGGGGCUCAAUCUCGAGUACCUCGAACAGAAUUCCACAGCUGCAAAUUUGAUCAUGCGGAAUUUUAUUAUCAAUGGGUUAUAUUAUACUGAUGCUGGUCAUUAUGACAAGAACACCACCAAUAAUAUGGGUGAAGAGGUCAGAAUUUGUGCAAACUCAUCAAAAGAUAAGAACCAAGAAAUUGCAAUUUCCCUAUCAUCUGUAGACGAUGAUUUACUAAUUAGAAAGGAUGAUGAUAUAAUGUUCAAUCAGGGAGUUAUACAUCCCUUGCGCAGUCUCGCUUUACCUAACGCUUUGGAUAUUUCGUUAAGAGACCUCAUCGAGACUACGGGUAACAUUGAGAUGCUGGAUUUUUUAAAACAGUACUCUGAGUUAGACGGUCUUUUGAAUGCUACUUCUUCGUACUCGAUUCUGGUGCCGACCUUGUCAUCAUUACACCAUGAAAAUAUCACUUUAAACUCUUCCAAGUUAAAGGAUUUUUUAAAAUUACACAUCAUUCGAGGUAACGACACGGUUAACCUCUUGAACUGCGAGGGUGAUAUUCAUACACUACUGGGAAAGACCUUGACGUGUAACAGAAUCGGCGAACAAAGCGAGUAUUUGAGGAUCAAGGAUGGGUUGAUCAACGAAGUUAGGAUACUCAACAAAGGGUGCUCAACUUAUAACUCUACGCAAUCCUGUGUUUUCCUUAUCGAUAGACCAAUAUCUUUGUCGUGGAUCGACAAGGAGAAAUAUCAUUUAGCACUACCGGUAGUCGCUGUGGCCCUAGGUGUUGUUUUGGGUACUUUUUUUAUGGUUGGAAUAUUCUGUUGUUUGCUAGCAGUGAAGUUUGGCAAGGGUAAACACAUCGUAUUGUCUGAUGAGGAGGACAACGAUGUUCAGGUUUUACCUGAAAGCGAUAACGAUUCAGAUCCACGACAACCUUUACUGGCUGAUAGGAGUGGAAACGUCGCUUCUUCACACGGUAUAGCAAACGGACCGCAAUCAUCCACCAUACCUGGAUCUUCCAUGGAUAAUAGGAGGAUAAAUACUGGGACAGCCGACACUGCAUAUUCUUCGAACUCAACCUCUAAACCCAUCAGAAUGGAUAGGAAGUAG